GGCGGAAGUGUUGCAAAAAGCCUGACUUCGGAAGCGGAAGUGCCGCCGCCGCCGCCCUGCUUUACGGCAAGCGGUUUGCGGCUUUUCUGUCAGCAGCACGUGCCGUGGAGUCUCUGGGCAAGAGAAGCAGCAGGGCUCCAGUGUUGCUCUCGGAGGCUCUUCCUUCGCUGAUGGCGGCUGCGGAAGAGGAGGAGCCGGUUAUGGAGGACUGUGAGGAAGAGGCAGAUGAUGAAGAGGCAGCAAAGAGACACCACCAGCUUCUGGAUGCCCUCAGUACUUUGUCUGGAGGGAAGCGGUUGCGAGCAGCUGAACGUACCGAGGCAAGCAGACAGAUCUCGGAGUUUGAUGUUGGCAGAGGUGCUGGUGAGAAAGUACUCCUCUCAGAGCUCUUGCAAUCGGAUUCUGCGUCACCAGCUCUACGCCGCAUUCGAAAACAACUGAACAAAGCCCAGCAAAAGAAGGCUGUUGAGCUCCCACUGAGCAAGGAGGAAAAUGAACGGGUGGUGAGGGAAGCUGCCUUCACACAGACAGCCCAAGCCCUGGCAAAAUGGGAUCCAGUGGUGCAACAAAACCGGCGUGCUGAACAACUGAUCUUCCCACUGCAGCAGGAAAGUGUGGCUGUUGCACCAGUUGAAGAAGUAAUGAGCAGUUGGCAGGCACGGACACCCCUGGAACAAGAGAUCUUCAGUCUACUCCACAAAACACAGCAGCCAGUGAAGGAUCCGCUUCUUACCCCCCAGGAGAAGGCUUCACUGCAAGCCAUGAGCCUGGAAGAGGCUCAGUUACGCCGGAUGGAGCUCCAGAGGGCUAGGGCCCUUCAAUCCUAUUAUGAAGCAAAAGCACGACGCAAACGAAAGAUCAAAAGCAAAAAGUAUCACAAAGUGCUAAGGAAAGGCAAGAGUCGCAAGGUCCUUCAAGAGUUUGAGAUGCUACAAAAAAGCAACCCUGAGGCAGCUCUGGAGCAGCUGGAGAAGAUGGAGAAAGAACGCAUUGAGGAGAGAAUGACUCUGAAACAUCAGAACAAAGGCCGGUGGGCCAAAUCAACUGUCAUCAUGGCAAAGUACAACCUAGAGGCUAGGCAAGCCAUGCAAGAGCAGCUAGCCCGGAACAAAGAAUUGACACAGAAAGCACGGCCAGAAUCUGAGAGUGAGGAAGAGGGCAACAGCUCUGAGAUGGAAGAGAGUCGCAUCCCAGAUGUUGUCAAUGAUGCACAUAUUGGGAUGGAUCCAAGCAACCCAUGGAUGUUGGGAAAGGCUUGCACAAAGCCCAGGGAGGACUUACCAGCUCAACCCGAAGACAGUGGGGAGACUGAAGGACAGGAGGCACUGUUGCAAACUUUGGUUGAAUCCCAGCAGGAGCUACAAAACAGUACUGAGCUGCAAGGUCCCAGUGGAGAGGAAACGAUACAACUGCUGCCUGAUGUGCUUCCAGCAGCACCCCCAAGUCCUGUACCAGAGGGGCCCCUCUUGAAUGAGACAUUAGAUCGGCUUUGCACCUUGGAGGAUGUUGCAGCCUUGGAACUAGAGGAAGUGUCCCAGGAAGACCAAGCACCACCUUCCAAGGCAGAGCUUUUACAGCCCGUUGACGCCAAGUCAUCACUUCAGGCCAAGGACACCCCAGACCUUCUGCAGACCAAGUCCAAAGCAGCCACGAAACCAACCAAACACAAGGCCCUGAUUGACCUUAAGGCAGUUCUUGCUGAGGAACCUCAGAUUGUGCUGUGCCCAGUUGUGCCUAAUGUUGUGCAAGAUGAGUUAGACACAGACCAGCGGCAAGUCAUUCAGGAAGCCUUUGCCAAUGACAACGUCAUGGCUGAUUUCAUGAAAGAGAAACGACGAGCAGAAGAGGCUGACAAACCAAAAGCAAUCGAUCUGGUACUCCCAGGAUGGGGCGAGUGGGGAGGCACAGGGCUACGGCCAAGCGCCAAGAAGAGGAGACGGUUCCUUAUCAAACCAGUAUCUCAGACCCAAAGGAGAGACAGACAUCUGCCUCAUGUUAUUCUGAGUGAACAGCGCAAUAUUUCAGCUGCAGCUCAUCAGGUGAACCAGCUGCCAUUCCCCUUUGAGAACAGACAGCAGUUUGAACGCAGCAUUCAAGCACCAGUGGGGCCUACCUGGAACACCCAGCGUGCCUUUCAGCGAUUGACAGCACCCCGCAUCAUCACCCAGCCUGGCCACAUCAUCCGCCCCAUCAGUGCAGAGGAUGCCAACCUGCCUAACCAGAUGGUUAAGACAAAUGGCAUCAGACAGAAGCCAGAUUUAGAGCUGAUCGUAUCUCCUCACAAGGGCCGUCCCCACCAUGUUGUGAAGAAGAAGAAGAAGACACGGUAGACCAUGAGCCUAAACUCAGUUGCUGGUCUGAACUAGAGUAGACCCUUUGAAUCAGUUGAUGACAAAUGUUUAGGUAAAUUCCACUGCUUCAUUAGGUUUACUCUACUUGGGAGUAGCAAUUGAAUGGAGGCCUCUGUCUGCACUCACUGUGCUAUUGCAAGCCUGAUUCCUUAGUCUGGUUUCUUCCAUGCUGGAGAAGCCUUCCAGAUAUUCAUGGUUAUUGAUGGUUUCAACUUCCGUCAGCCUAGCUAAUGGCCUGGAAUGCUGUGAACUGUAGCACAAAAUAUUUAUAGAGGAGCACCAUCUUGGGAAAAGCUGCUUCAACUGGACUAGGCUAUUGUUGCUACUGCCCAGAUCUGCCCUCCUACCUGAUUCCCCUUUUCCUGCUGGCUAUGUUGUCUUACAAUUCCCUGGGUAUGAUACGAGGAAGUAGUCCAGCACUUCACAGGAACGGCAGAGAGGAGAAGCUGUUCUAGAGUCUCUGAUCUUUCUUUUCUUUUCUGAGAGUCUUCUACUCUAAGGUGAAUGCUGCUCAGAAGGAGGAAGUGUGUGCUUUCCACUUGCUGUACCAAUUGAAGGUGGUUUAGUUUGAGUUUUGCUUUUUAAAAAAACAAACAAACUGAAAAACAGAUCACUCUUCAUUGACGCCUCCAGCCAACUCCACUUCAGUUCCACUUUAGUCAGUGGUCCUCAGUGGAAGAAGAACAAGGAAAGAAGGAAAGAACAUCUCUUGUGGAGUCAUGGGCCUCUUUGCAGCAAGUCCUCUGGAAGCAAGGAGGGAAUCCAAUAGUAUCCAGUGUGCAGUGCUGUUCUUAUAGUCUGCUAAUAAUACUGAAAAAUCUUUGUUAGAAUGAUGUCUUUCUCCUCCAGGCCUUUUUGUUAACACUCACCAAGUGACAACAGUAACAAAUUAGAAAAAAAUCAGUAAUUAAAAAAUACAGAUUUCUGAAAGGUAUUUUGUUAUUUUUGUCCCAGUUUGCUGAGGUUUGUUGUUGCCCGUUGCAAUUAAAAAUACAAUUCAUUUAUUACAA